GAAAGACUCCACAUUUCCUUUUCUCUCUUCCCUUUUCUCCUCGCUAAUUAAUCCAUGGACACAGCUCACUGACCACAGGGUAUUGGAGUGGUUAAAUCCAUGGAAGAUUUUUCUUCUACAAGGCCAAUCACAGAGAGAAGGGCAAGGCCACAAAAGGAUCAAGCUUUGAAUUGUCCAAGGUGUAAUUCCACCACCACAAAAUUCUGUUAUUACAACAAUUACAGCCUCUCUCAGCCAAGAUACUUUUGCAAGACUUGUAAAAGGUAUUGGACUGAAGGUGGAUCUCUGAGAAAUGUUCCUGUGGGUGGAGGCUCGCGGAAGAACAACAAGAGAUCAAAUAAUUCCGAUUCAUCGUCACCGUCCACGUCUUCAGCGAAGAAGGUUGCUUAUGAUCAUGAUCACCAUCUGACCCCACAUAGCAAUUUUCCUCCUCAGUCUGCUUCUCAAAACCCUAAUAAGAUCCACUUCCAAGGCCAAGAUCUCAACCUUGCAUACCCAACAGCUGAUCAGGACUAUGACAACAACAAUAUUACCAAACUAUCCUUUAGUAUUGACAACAAAACCUACCACCCAAACCCUAGCUCUUCGGGCACUACUACUACAUCUCAUCAUUUCUCAUCGGCUAUGGAACUGCUCACAAGUACCGGGAUUGCAUCAAGGAGUCUGACUUCUUUCGUACCGAUGGCAGCAACGGCCGUGCCGGACCAUUCGAAUAAUAUCACAAUGUUUUCUGCUGGGUUUCCUUUGCAAGAGUUCAAGCCAAGUGGGCUUAGUUUUUCUCUAGAUGGGUUUGAGAGUGCUGGUUAUGGUGGGUGCCUACAAGGUGUGCAAGAGAAUACUACUAGUCAUGCCAGGCUUUUGUUUCCUACUGAUCAGGAUUUUAAGCAGCAGAUUCCGAGCUCCACUACUACUGCUGAAUUUGAUCAGCACAAUAAUAGAGGAGGGGAAGGAGAUUCUGGUGGUGGGUAUUGGAAUGGAAUGUUAGGUGGGGGAUCAUGGUAAUUCAAUUCCCAGAAAAGAAUAGAAUGAAAAAAAGUAGUGAUCUAGAAGAAAGAUUGGUAUUUUGGUUUUGUUUUGCUUCAUGUGUCUUCGAUGGCUUGUUUCGAAUUGGAGUUGAUAACAAGAACAAAGUAAUUGGGUA